CUCUAAUAUGGCGGGUUUUUAACUCUAAGCUAGUAGCGUUUUAGCAGUUAAAUGAUUUAGAUAAAUUGUUCUAUAUUUUAUAUAUUCUAAGCUGUAAGAUAUAUGUAUUGCGUAAUAUGAUUUAAUAUUCUAUAGUCAAGUUGUUAAGUUCAAAAGUUGUAAGGAUCCUACAAAGUAUUAUAUGUAUAGAUAUUUCAGUAUUAUUUAGUAUAAAUAAAAUUGUACACAAAAAUAUGGAUGAGCUGAAUCCAUCUAAGCGCAAAAAAGUUGUCAAUCUUCUAAAAAAAUUUGAGGAGAAUAGAAAAAAUGUAUCUGAAUCUAUUAUGACAUUUAAUUUUAAUAAACAACGUAUUCAAUAUUUAAGUAAAUUAAAUGAUGUUAAAGAAAACUGUAAGGGUAUCUUGUAUUGGAUGUUUCGUGAUAUUAGGACACAAGACAAUUGGGCUCUGCUCUUUGCCCAGAAAAUUGCUGUGAAAAGUAAUGUACCCCUCCAUAUAUGUUUUUGCAUAAUGCCAAGUUUCCUAAAUGCUUCUAUGAGAUAUUACAAAUUUCUUUUAAAAGGAUUAAUGGAGAUUGAAGAAGAAUGCAAACAAUUAAAUCUAAACUUUCAUCUUUUACAUGGUGAACCAAAUGAGAGUAUUCUUAAAUUUGUAAAAACAUAUAACAUGGGGACUGUGAUCGUUGAUUUUUAUCCACUAAAGUUACCUAUGUCAUGGAUCGAUAAUGUACAAAAGAACCUUCCAGAAGAUGUCCCUAUUUGUCAAGUAGAUGCUCAUAAUAUUGUGCCUUGUUGGUAUGCAUCAUCAAAACAAGAAUUUGCUGCUAAAACCAUCAGAAAUAAAAUAAAUACAAAACUACAGGAAUUUUUAACAGAAUUUCCUCCUGUUAUUAAGCACCCAUAUUUAACAAAAGAAAAAUUUGAAAACAACAAUUGGGAUAUAACUUUGCAAGAUGUAGAAGCAAGUGAGCCAACAGCUGAAAUUACAUGGGCUAAACCAGGAUAUAGAAAUGGUAUUAAGGAACUUGAAAAUUUUAUACAGAAUCACUUACAAAAAUAUGGAGAUGAACAUAAUAAUCCUUUGUCAAAUGCCAUCAGUAAUUUAUCACCUUGGUUUCAUUUUGGUAUGAUCUCAGUACAACGUUGUAUUUUGGAAAUACAAGAAUAUAAAGGAUUGUAUAAAAAAUCAGUUGAAUCCUUCAUGGAGGAAGCUAUUAUUAGAAGAGAACUUAGUGAUAAUUUUUGUUUCUAUAAUGAAAAGUACGAUCUUGUUGAAGGUGCCUAUCCUUGGGCUAUAAGAACACUAAAUAAACAUCGGAAGGAUACAAGAAAAUAUGUAUAUUCUUUAAGUCAGUUGGAAAACUCUAAAACACAUGAUGAUUUAUGGAAUGCAUGUCAAAAUCAAAUGAUAAUAACAGGAAAAAUGCAUGGAUUCUUAAGAAUGUAUUGGGCAAAGAAAUUAUUAGAAUGGACUGAAACACCUGAGAUUGCUUUAGAAUGGGCCAAUUAUUUAAAUAAUAAGUACAGUAUCGAUGGUUGUGAUCCGAAUGGUUAUGUAGGUUGUAUGUGGUCUAUCUGUGGUGUCCAUGAUCAUGGUUGGCCAGAAAGAGAUAUAUUUGGGAAAAUAAGAUAUAUGAAUUAUAAUGGAUGUAAACGAAAAUUUAAUGUUGCCGAAUUUGUCACGAAAUGGGGAAAGAAGAAAUCUAAUGAACUUAUAUAAAAUCAUAGCCACUAAUUAUAAUUAUGUAGUUAUUAAUUAUUUAUUAAAAUCUAUCCGUCCACAUUUAAUCUCAAUCUUAUAAAAAUAUAUAUUAUAUAUAAUUAAAGUAUUUUAUACCAAUAUAUAA